UCAUCUCGAAAAUAGCCUUGACACCUCCUCACUCAGGCAACAGAUUCUCAUCAAGCAUGUACACUUCCAAUUGCCGCUAAAAAUCGAAGCAAAGGAACACCUUCACGAAAAAUACUCACUGGCCUUCUCCUUCGCACCAACUUCCCAAAUCAGGCCGACCUGCCAGAGUUGCCCCACACACAAAACUCAAGAACAAACAAGCUUCGAGGCUCAAGGAGAGACGACUUGCCGCCUGCUUUAGUAGGCGAUGGAGACUAGGACUGGAGUCAUGGCCAUGACAGCCGCCGGCGAAGGUGGCGCACUCGAGGUUCCGGUCAGGCCGGUCUCAAAUGAUACCAUCGAGGAAAGAUAUUUUACGGCGGCGCUCAUGUGCCUUGAGGGUCACUUCACCGACUCUCCGCCCAUGGGUGUCCAGACCACCCUCAAGGUCGCUGCCAUGGUAUCAAAAACUCUAGAUAAAUCUCAUGCCUGGAAGGAUGUCCGCGAGAAUUUGUCGGAAAACGUGGCAAUUUGGGUCUGGUUGACUCGAAUAUUUGCAGCCGCUAUACCGAAUCUCACAACCCGUUCUGUCGGACCACUGGCCAGCCUCAACGACCCCGACAAGGGCGUGACGCCUCAAGAGAGCACGGCUCUCAUCAUCAAGAACUACCAGGGCCUGAAGGAGGACCUGCAGAUUUUGAACAAGCUGAUGCACAUCGCCCGGAAUCUCCUCGUCACAACCGAGCCCGAGGUGCCGCAGGAUAUCUGUGCGGCAGUUCAUUUCGACCAGAUGGUCUAUCAAACUAUUAUCCUGUGCGUGAACGUGACCAGCAAGGGCUAUGACGGAGAGGUGCUGGACGAAGUCUCCCGGGCAAGGCUAGCUGAGAUCACCGACCUUU